AUGUUUCAGCCACAGCUCAUUGCAACAUCUGCUAGCAGGUUUAGGGUAAUUGCCAAGAGAGUAGCGAUAUUUGGUGCGAAAGAGAUGGUCAAAAGCGCAGAAACAAGAGUUACAGAGGCCAAGGAGAGUUUAGUUGGGAUGAGCCAGAUCAGCCGGAUAAUCAGUAACUUAUCGCAUUUCAGAAGCCCGAGUUUGGCGCUUCCGACGCCCUGUACAUGGCCUUCGAACCGGAGAUCUGCUGUGCUGGUUCUGUUGUUUGUUGGAGCUAAGGGCGAGCUUCGAGUGUUGCUUACAAGACGGUCUAGGAAAUUGAGGGCAUUUGCCGGCCAAGUGUCCUUGCCAGGUGGAAAAGCGGAUAGCAGUUCAGAAACAUUCCAAGAAGUUGCCCUUAGAGAGACAGAGGAAGAGAUUGGGUUGCCCAGAGAUCCGCGAGUAUUGAAGGAAGAGUACGGGCUACAGAUCGAUUCUGUAUGCGAAACGUUGCCGCAUUAUCUUUCUAAGACCUUUCUAAGUGUGAAACCACUGGUGUGUUUCAUGUAUAAUAGCAAUCUAGCGUCUCAAAACGGUAGGAAAUUUGUGGAGCCUUUAAAUAUCUCCAAGGUAUUUGCGAAACUGAACACAGGCGAGACUUCUUCGCUAUUCUCGAUCCCAUUGAGUGAUUUGGUGUGUCAUGAACACAAGGAAUGGAAGGGGUACAAACCCGAGUACAUUGCUCGCGAGGAGCAUGUCUAUAGAUGGGGAGGCCUUAGAUGGCCGUUGCGCUACUACUACUAUCCAAUGGAUAACAAUGGGGAAUCUCAAUGGGUUAAAGACGUGAUAGACGAGAGUUCUGGCGACGAGCAAUUCGGAAAUGUUCUUUGUAAAAAUGUGUGGGGUCUUACGGCCAAAAUUUUAUACGAUGUUGCGCGCAUUGGACAUGGAACAGUUACAGACCAGGACGCCGAGCCGCAGAUUGGGCAUGAAGAUUUGAUCUACGGGCUUCAUGAAUUUGGGUCACAAAUGAGAGAAAGAGAUAGAAGUGACUGGGAAGUCGGAAUGAUUGAGAAUUCAAGGCAUUUCAAGUUUUCAGAUGUGAUUCCAACGUUCUAUUUGGAUCGAGUGAAAAAGAGCUCUGCAAAUUACUAA